AUGGAGGCUUCCGAGGACACGAAUGAUCGCCGAGAGCGUCAAGAACUGGAGGUGGAGGCUCUUCGGGCCGUUUACGACCGAGAUUUCCAAGAUGUUCGCUCUCAAGAUGUGUGGAAAGUGGACCGUCCGCCCGAAUUUACGCUUCGUCUUGGGCCAAAUCACGAUUCGCAAGGCCAUCUUGAGGAGCACUGCUCGCUCUUGCUCCAUGUCAAGAUGGGUGUGGAUUAUCCACAUUCUGCACCCGCCUACUUGGAUUUGCUGCAAGUCCGAGGUCUCUCGGAUCAGAUGAUCGAACAGCUCCGAUCUCAACUGAUUGCGGAAGCAGAACGGCUCAGAGGCCACGAGAUGAUCCUCGAUUUGGCGCAGAAAGUUGCCGAUUGGAUAACACAGCACAACAAACCGGCCUUCGAGUCCAUUUACGCCGAGAUGGAAGCCCGGAAAUCCAUGGAGCGAUGUCAAGCCAAGGAAGCGCAGGAUCAGGCGCUGGCCGAGCGAUUCACGGUCGAGUCCCAGGAGCUCGAGCUGAUCCGCGAGGAGGUGGCUCGAAAGGCCGAGGCCGUCAAGGAAGAACGUCUUCAGCGGAAAGAGGAAGAAAAACGAAAGCAACAGGUUCUGAGUCAUGACGAGAGCCCCGCGGAAACCAGGAGCAACAGCCAUCAUGGCAUGAUGGCUGGCCAUCGACGACCAAGCGUAGUGAGAAGGACCCGGACUUCGUCGUCGCGGACUUCCGAAGGCAGUGAUAUUAGUGUUGAGCGCUCGAGCAUCGAAGUGAAACAGAUUGCAGCCUUGUUGACGGGUGAAAAGGUCACCGUGACCCGAGGUCAACUUCUGGGACUGAACCCUCAAAGUGGAGGCUCUGUUUUCCUCGGCAUGUGCAACACGGGGAGACCGGUGGCCGUGUAUGAAUGGCACUUCAGAACUCAACGAUCCAAGCCAGCCUCCUCGGUAUCGCUUUCGACCCCCAAUCCCGUUCACGAUCUUCCAACUUUAACCCGACAAGUGGCUGUGAUUGAACAGGAGUUGUCUUCAAUGCAGAAAGUCCCACCCCAUCCGAAUGUAGUGAAGGUUUUGGGCUUGACGCAAGAAAAGUUGGCCUCCACGUUCAAGUUGUACUUGUUCGAAGAAUUUGUGUCCGGCACGAGUUUGUCGUUCUAUUUGAAUGAGAAUAUCCCUCUUGAAGCGGACUUCCUACGUUUCGUAGUUUCUGGCAUUGUCUUAGCCCUUGAGCACAUGCACAGUCAAAACGUGGUUCAUCGGGAUUUGCGGGAUACCUCCGUCUUUCUCGAGAACGGGAUUGUCAGAGUGAAUGGCUUCAGUGUCGAGCGAAAGGCCAGAGAACUCACCGGUCAUUACUUGCUCGACAAGUUCCCCAUCGCCAUUGGUCGUGGUGGUAAGAAAGUGGAUGUGUUUCGUCUGGGACUUCUGGUAUUAUCAUUGGCCCUUGGUGAGAUCGUGAGCGAUGCUUCGAUUCCAACCCGCUUGUUUUCUUCCGAUUUUUGUGACUUCUUAAAAAAGUGUUUGAAUAAGAAUGAACACGAUCGUUGGUCCAGCGCUCAGCUAUUGGAUCAUCCUUGGAUAAAACAACGCAUAGAGAGAACGCCACUGAAAACACCUUUGAAACAAAAUGCCCUCCAAGCUCGUAAUGAAACCAAAAAGCUCAACGAAACAUUGGACUCCAACUCGGAGCAAGACCAAGAAAACGAAGAAGGAUCGGUUGCGUUCCCUUUUAUGAAUGUUGGAUCUGGCCAAUCGAGAUUGCAACUUGAAUUUGAAUUCAUUUGUUAUAUUGGAAAAGGUGGGUUUGGUGAAGUCAUGAAGGUCCGAAACAAACUGGACGGUCAGAUCUACGCCAUCAAGAAGAUCAAGCUGAACCCCAAGAAUAAGCAGAUGACCAGAAAACUCAUGCGUGAGGUAAAGUUAUUGUCUAGGCUGAAUCAUGAGAACGUAGUACGAUAUUAUACGAGUUGGAUUGAGGUUACCACCAUCAUGGAUGAUAAGAAAGAGGUGGAGACCAGCUUCGACGAAGAUUCGAGUUUUGCUAUUCGGAAUGCAAUCCACAAGUCCAAGCGGUUCAAAGAGCCCCUUAACCUAGACCCCAAUAUCCAUCUUCCACCUGGAAUGACAGAGGCCAAUUCGAGCUUUGGUGUAUCCUUCGGUGGAUCUCAUUUCCCUGAAGACGAUGAUUCGUCAAGUUCAGCGGGUGACGAUGAAAGUGACGACGACGAUGACCUUUUUGGAACCUCGUUCCUUCCUCAAUGUGAGACCGAUUGGAAUGAGAGUCAGAACUCGAGUGAUUCAGAUAUAGUCUUUCAAUCAGACUCUGGUCCAAGCUCCGCCAAAAUGAUUGGCUUGUCAGAUUGUUCUUCUUCGUCCACUGGAGAAGCCAAAGAGCCCUCAGGGAUAGUCCCCAAUUUCUCGGGAACAGAAAGCUCCGGUUUAGCACUAUCAAGUGUUGCUACUUUACCACCCACCAAGGAAAUUCGCUUGAUGUAUAUUCAGAUGGAAUAUUGUGAUAAGCAAACGCUGCGGAACGCCAUCGAUGACGGAUUGCAUAAAGAUGGUCAGCGCAUGUGGAGAUUGUUUCGGGAAAUUAUCGAGGGUUUGGUGCAUAUUCAUACUCAAGGUAUGAUCCAUCGAGACCUGAAACCGGUGAACAUUUUCUUGGACGCUCAAGACCACGUCAAGAUUGGCGACUUUGGAUUGGCCACCUCCAGUCUAAUGGACAAACAAGGCGAUGAUUUUACCACUUAUAACGAUUCGGUCGAUAAUAUCGGCGAAGACGAUAUGACUGGUGAAAUUGGAACGGCCCUCUAUAUCGCACCCGAAAUCAACGCGGGCAGAUUCACCAGCUACACACAAAAGGUGGAUAUCUACAGCUUAGGGGUGAUCUUCUUUGAGAUGUGUCAUCCUCCUCUGACCACAGGAAUGGAGAGAAUCCAAGUGUUGUCCCAACUGAGGUCGUCCGAAAUCAUCUUGCCUUCCAUCUUGAACGAAGCUGUCAUGAUGCAACAGAAGCACAUUCUCCAAUGGAUGUUGGAUCAUGAUCCGAUCAAACGCCCAAACAGCCAAGAGUUACUCCAAUCCGACUUCCUACCACCCCCUCAAGUCGAGGAAGCUGAACUUCGUGAGAUGAUAAAGCACAGUCUAGCCAACCCCAAGUCAUCAUCAUAUCGCCAUCUGAUCGAGCGCUGUCUUUCGCAAAAUAUGGAUAAAGCCCAAGAUAUCAGCUUCGACAUGGACCUCAUCAGGGCCACAUCCAGAAAAGCUCUGCGAAAGAGCCUUCUCGGACAAGAGCACAUUCGUCAGUUAGCCCAAAAGGUGUUCCAUCGUCAUGGGGCGAUUCAUAUUCAAUUUUCUCACAUGCUGCCGCAGACAAAAGAGCCUCUUUAUGAUAAAGCAACCACGUUGGUCCAAGUGAUGACUCGCGGCGGGAACGUAGUCAGUUUACCCUACGAUCAUCGAGUGCUAUUCGCUCGAUUUUUAGUCCGCUCCCAGUUAAGCAAUGUCAAGCGCUAUUGCAUCGGAUCGGUGUUCCGGGAGAUGAGAACAUUUGGCAUUCACCCAAGUGAACAUGUGGAAUGUGCUUUCGACAUAGUUACACCAUCUGAGGGCUGUCUGUUGGCGGAUGCCGAGGUCAUAACCGUAGCCGAUGAGCUCUUGGGUGAGGUCUGUCCCAAUCGAGAGAGAGGUUUCUUUUUCCGAUUAAAUCACUCCCUCCUUCUCCGAGGGAUUCUGCUCAAUUGUGGCAUUGAGGAGGUACUCCAUUCAGAGGUGUACAAUGUGAUCCGGGAAGGCGACCGUUGGUCUAAGUCUCAAAGACUGACCCAUUUGACAGGUCUUGGUAUAUCAGAACAGAUCUGCACCGCUCUCUUUGGUGUCUUGGCCAAAGAGGGACCUCCUAAGCUGGUUCAGAACUUCCUUCGCUACAUGAUCAGAAAAAAAACUGCGGCCUCAACCGACAUGAAACAGGCCUUGCAGGAAUUGGAGAGAAUUAUCAGCACGGCCCAAAGCAUGGGUGUAAAAUGCCCCAUGGUGAUUUCUCCCAGUUUAGUAUAUAAUCCCACCCAUUUUUCUGGCAUGACGUGUCAAUUGGUUCGGCGUAAAAACAACGGCUUCGAUGUGAUUGCGGCUGGUGGACGGUAUGACCGACUAAUCCAAUCUUUGGUAUCAAAAAUUGUCCUCGCUCAUGGAGAGGGUACUCAGACUGCGGUUGGAAUCUCAUUUUCCAUGGACAAAUUAUUGUCGAUCCUUGUCUCGAGGUCAGAAACUGGUCAAUUCAGCCCAGGAUGCGUGGAAGUGUUCAUCUUUUCUCAGACCCACCAGACUUCAAUGAUCCAGAAAAAAGCGUCCCUAGCACAAGGUCUUUGGAUCAAAGGGAUCAAAACAUUGGUUUGUGACUCUUUCUUCUCAUUGGAGGAGGUACAAGAACAAGCUCAAGAGUUGGGAGCCAGUCACAUUGUGAUUCUUCGAGAAUCUGAAUCGAUGGCUAGGGUUCGAUGCUUGGACAAAGACCGAUUUCAAGAGAAGAAGGUUCCAUUGGCGGAAAUUCCGGACUUUGUGGAAGCCGCUCAAGAUAAUGCCAAUGCUGUGAGAGAUAAUUAUUACCCCUUAAAUCGGUGUGAAAGCAUCUCUUCAUCCAACCGUAAUGGACCUGCUAUUAGCGAAAGCAAGUUAGGGGCAAUCCAGGUGAAUUACAAUCAUAUCUUCCUAGACAAGAGCAAGUACGGGACUAGCGUCAAGAAGAAACUCGAGUCCACCAUCAGUGCGAAAAUAAUACCAAAUCUUCAACUCCUCGCUCCAGGAGUUCUCGUGGAGGUGUUGACCUUACCCUUUCCAAAGGUGGUAGUCAAGUCUAUGGCGGCUCUUCUGGAUUUCGAAGACGAAGCAGCAUUUCAAAGAAGCUUUCCAGCCCUUUUGGAGAAGCAUUCAAGAUAUCGCAAAGAGCUUCGAAAUGUUUGUGAUGAAAUCCAAAGUCUCAAAUACGAGAAGUACAUCUCGGUGUUCAUCUUGUACUCCGUGGAAGAACACGAUCAUGUCUCGGUCAUGGCAAUUUAGCUGGUUGAACCAAGUGCCAACAAUCAAUAAAACGAUCAUGGUUUAUCAUUAUUAUUGACUUCAUGUGUUUGACUUAAUCAGAAAAUUUCGUACUUUCAG